AUGACUAUUGGUUCCGCAUUCACCAAGCUUGCUGAUGUGAGAUCUUUCAAGUCAUCUUGGAAGGUUCGCGUUAAGGUUCUUCACUCCUGGAGCCAGUUUAGCGGCAUGUCUGGUGAAACAAUGGAGCUGGUUCUCGCAGAUGAACAUAAGAAGGAUAUAGGCCGCUUAUCAAAUGAGUUGCAAGAUGGGGAAUGGAAAGUGUUGGAGAACUUUACCUUAUCUCCCGCAACCGGACAAUUUCGACCAACUAGUAGCAAGUGGAAGAUGUCGUUGUUUAUGAACACGGUGGUCUUUUGGAGCAUUCUGGAGCAUAUGGGACAUAAGGAGCAUGGAGGGACUUGGCACAUGGAAGCAGCUCAACUGGAUACGCAAAGGAAGAAGGGAGAAGCCAUCUUGAAGACCAGCUCGACCGUCCACUCGACCAACCGGUCGAGUUCCUCAACUCGACCGGCCAAGCUUCAACUCGAUCGAGCUGGAAGUCAAAGUCAAACCCGAAAAAUGUUGCUUCCCCCUUGA